AUGGAAGAUGUGAUCCGCUCCAUCCGUGACCCAGAGAAGCCCAACACCCUGGAGGAGCUGGAGGUGGUGACAGAGAAGUGUGUGGAGGUGCAGCAGCUGGGGGACGAAGAGUUCCUCAUCAUCAUCAGGUUCUCCCCCACGGUGCCUCACUGCUCCCUGGCCACCCUCAUUGGUUUGUGUUUACAAGUCAAACUCCAGCGGUGUCUCCCCUUCAAGCACAAGCUUGAAAUCUACAUCUCAGAAGGAACUCACUCCACAGAGGAGGACAAAUCCUGGAUGAGGACUGUGCUCUCUGAACGGGACACUGUGUUUUGUUCGAGAGUUAACAAACAGAUCAACGAUAAGGAGCGAGUGGCGGCGGCGAUGGAAAACCCGAACCUCCGAGAGAUCGUGGAGCAGUGCGUCACGGAACCAGACGACUGA